AUGGCAACGUCGAUCUACAGUGCGAUGGCUGUUUUGCCUGACAUUGACAGAUUAAGCUCUAAUAAAAAAAUAUUGAAUGGAAGCACUAAUUUCUUGCCAAAUGCUGAUAAAAACAGCGACAAAAUGUCCACUGACAGUGAAGAUUUAAAUAUUAGAGAAGAGCUAAAAAAUAUCGAAAGCGUAAUAAUUUUGACCCGCAAUAAUAUCGACGCCCUUAACGACAAGUUCGCAAGUUUUCAACAUCCACCUCCUAUGUACUUAAAGGAAUAUGAUCACUUGACGUCUAAACUACACGAAUUAGAGGCAAAAGAAAGGAGGUUGAGGGAGCAGUUAAGCAGUGGUCGAGAAACCCCAGAAGACCUAUGCAAUCAAGCCCAAAACUAUCCUAUACCCCCAGAUUUGGGCCGGCACUAUGAUACACUUCCUAGAGCAAAAUUCUUAAGGGCAUAUCUGCCAAAUCAGCAACGAACAAGUGUUCAGGUUCGAGAGGGCCUGACACUACGGGAGGCUUUAUCCAAGGCAAUGAAACUACGGAACUUGAUAUGUGAUAUGUGCUGUGUUUAUCUUGGAGACAAUCCGUGGAGAUAUGUGGAGAUCUGUGGAAAUCCAUGGAGGUCCGUGGAGAUACAUGGAUGUCCGGUGGAGAUACGUGGAGAUCCUGUGGAGAUACGUGGAAAUCCGGUGGAGAUACGUAGAGAUCCAAGAACUUCGGCUGCAGUCGUGUAG